CGCUCCUACGGCUGUGUUUGGUGCGCCUGUGACGCCAAUCUCGGCCUUACAGGCAGAGACCAUUUUCACUUCCCCCUCUCCGCAGCCCAUGCUGCAGCCGCAUUUCACAGUACACCACGGUUCAUGGGAGUACACACUCAGGAACAGGAGCGGAUAAGUUCAGUGUAUGUGGAAAGUGGUAGUGGGCGGUGACUCAUCAGUCAAGGUACUUACUUAAGCACUCGUUAACAAACACUAAUCCUGAAGCGGUGACGUAAGACUUACAGUGUUGUCAGUUCUUUAACUACGGUGUGAACGUUUUAGUACAUAUUACUACAAAUUUAUUUCUUGCGCUUCGAUGUGGAAAUGGUUUUGGUGUCACGUGGAGGCUUGCCAUGAACAUACCUGCAGCAUCAAAAACUGAUGUUGCUGCUUCAGACCAGUUCACUGACAGUGGAGUAAGUGAGGGAGAAGAUACUGCAGAAGAACAGUGUGUUGGUCGUUUCUACUGCCGUGCAUGUAAUUAUACGGACUUCAAGUCUCGUUACCAGUUUGAGCAGCAUCUUUUAAGACAUGUCAGUACACCAUCUAUAGUGGUAGAGCGUCUGGGUCGCUCAGAUUUUAGAAGGAGUGUUUCGAGGAAAGCAGUCACCACGCCACGUAAACCAGCUGCCGUAAAGAGCGUCAGCUCCUACAUUGUUCCAAAGAUCAAAAGCAAGAACUCGCCACUUAAACUUACUUUAAAGCUUUCUGCUGAAUCUGGGAACAAGGAGCGUUCAUUUGAAGUUGUCACUCCAAGGACAGUUCUCUUAGGUCCAGGUGAAUGCUUUGCAUUAAACGGUGGUCCACUUGAGCGCAUAAAGACGGAGCAGGAGCCUUCAAGCCAGGAAGUGGAGAAACAUUCAGUGUCAGGUGUGGAGGGGCCAGGGGAAGACGUGCCUGCUCCUGAGCAAGGCUCAGGAGCUGAACAGGCACAAGAAGAUCCACAACAGCCUCGCAGUGAAACUGCGAGUCCUGAGGAGGGAGGGACAGCACAGGACACAUCCACACGGAACACUACCGAAGAGUCCAACGAGGCCGAAAGAGACGAUUUUGUACCACCAGAAGGAUCAUUUUCUCCUAAUAUGGUACAAGUAAAUAAUGGGGCACUGGUUGACCAUUCACAGUCAUGUUCUCCAGAUUUUCCUAGUACCUCACCAAACUUACCAGAUGGAGAGCAGCACCUUUCACAACAUUGUGAUGGUGACGCAACAAAUAGUGGUGACAGCCAUCGUGACACUGUUUCCGAAGAAAAUUCGAACUGUAGAGAAGGCCCACCAAGCCUUGUUAAUGAAGACAGUCACCAUACCAAUUCUAAUUUUUCUUGGGCAGAUGUGUCCUCCACUGGUAUGGAAAGCCUCUCUUCUAAUUCACAGCCACAGGAAGAGAGGGAUCCACUUAUGCUUCCGGAGCACGGCCAGCAGGGAAUGAUGCAGCUGCAACCAUACCUGCAGGGUGACGAGAAUGCCGGAUCCAUCCUGGGCCUGGGUGGUCCCCCUCCCGAUGCGGUGGGAGUCCCACCCGGAGGUGACAGCUCCGAUCCCUUGCUGCGAGGCUUCUUGUGUGAGCAGCCACCGGCAGAAAAAACUGCAGUUCCCGUGGCCGUUUCGGAAGCAGGGAGUAUGGAAAGUCUCGGUCUGGGGUCAGAAUACAUCUCACUGGAACGCCUCGGGGACGGAAGUAGUCAGGUGUCUUCUGGCUCAUUUUACUGUGAUGUCUGUGGAGAGCGUGCACCCGAUCACUCCGCCUUGGAAGAUCACCGAACCCGAGCGUGUCACUACAAGUGCACGCACUCCGAUUGCGGGGGUAUGGUGCUAGCAACGGCAGACGAACUCCUGGCGCAUCAGAAUGCUUGCCACGGGGGUCCUCCGCCUCCACCUCCGCCACCACAGUACAUUCACGCUGUGCCGGUGGAGCAGCUCUCCCAGCCAGUUCAGCGUCUUCCUGCACCUGUCUCCGUGUCUCAGCCACCGCAGCUUCUGCCUGCUUCACAACAACAGUAUGUACCACAAGGUUCACCUGAGGCCGUUCGUCGUCCUACACCUCCCCAAUUGUAUAGGGGACAUUCACCCAACCAGCUGUCUCCACAGCCGCCGCCACCACCGUAUGGCCAGCAAAUGGUAUAUGGACAACAGCCGCAGCAGCAGCAACAGCAGCAACCGCAGCCAGCACCGCAGCAGCAGUACCACCCGCAACCACAGUUCCAACCUAUCCCAACCCAGCAGCUGCAACAGCAACCACAACAGCAGCAGCAGCCGCAACAGCAACCACAAACUCGAGGUUAUAGUGUGAUGCAACAGCAACAGUCGCCGCAUCGUGUACAACAGGCUGGAAGUCGCAUGGCAGCAACAACUGUUGUUCGUGGCGGAGCACAAAUGACAAUGGCCCAGAAACGAACAGUUGGACAAGUACCUGGAGGUGGACAGGGUACCUCACCCAACAAGCAGCGCAGAUUAGAUGUGUUGCUGCCAGACAGGCAUGAAGACCCUGACUGUCAUGUGAUUGCCAUUCAAAAACCCACAGAAACAGGACCUCUCAUCACCAGUGUACAGGGGAGUCUGAAUAACACAAAUCGAUCUGAAAUGAUCCAGUUAACUGAUUCAAUUACAUUGUCAGUUAGACAACAGAAACAAGUGGGUGGUGUUAAUGGAGGACAAGUUGUUGGGGGACGCGGAAGAAACAAAGCAAAUGAAGUGGCGAACGUGCUGGCAUCAAGAGGAAUUACAGUGACACCAGCAGCCGACACAUCUAGAGGUGCAAACGUUCAGGCACAGACGAGUCCAUUGCGUGGCAAUCGCGGAUCGGUUGCACAGACUGUACAACAGCAAGUUCCUACCCUCAAUCUCAAUGCAGCCAUCUCAAUCAUUCGUACAGAUAAUGGAGGGGGCUCUCCUGUUCGGCAACGACAAAGGCCUGCACAGCCAGCAGGAACAGCAUCAUUCGCUGUUCCUCAAGGUCGAAGUCCUGGACGCCCGCAGCAAAUAUCACAGGUGGAACGACCACCGAGACCUCCCACUGUUGAUCUGACUGGUGACAAUCCACCUUCCGCUCUCCACCAUCUCCCAAUGAGAAGAGGUCGUGGACGGGGUGCCAAUAUUGGUGGACGUUUUACAUGUCAAAUAUGUGAUAAACAGUUUGCUUCUCAGGAAACUUUAAACCAGCAUAUGAACAUCACACAUCGCAGUCCGCCUAACAAAUUGCCUUACAGGUGUAAUCUGUGUUCUGCACAAUAUCCUACGCAACAAGGCCUAACACAGCAUCGACAGACUUUCCAUAAGGAAUCAUUAGGCAAUACAGAACUGGUCAUACCAGUUGUUGACUUGAAGCAAGCCGGUGCACUUUCAAGACUUGCAAAUCUUGGGGUGCACCAUUAUGUUCCCUUGAGCCAGCUAAAUAGCCCACAAGGUGGCUAUUUUGGACUUCCUUUAAUGUCCGUGGAUGCCAGUGGGCGUGUUCUUGGUUCUGUGCCAGGCAUGACGGGUCUUAGCACUGGUACUGUGUUCAACCUUGGUCCAUUGAGGCAGCUACCACGGUAGUUCCUUUUUUGUUCUGAAGGACUGAAAAUGUGUCUUUGUGUACAUGACUUUUGUGAUAUUAUUCCACUUCUGCUUUUUGCUAUCAAGGUAUUUUUUUAUUUACCUGCAAAUGAUGGCACAUUACGGAGACUGUACAAAAAAUUGUUGAUUUUUUAUUGUUUGUAGUUUUUAUAGUUAUUUUGUUUUUAAGUAUUUUACAGUGUAUUUCACAAGAAAGAGACUGAUCCAAUUUUGUACAAAUUGUAUGUUUGUUAUAAUACUGAAAAAUGUAAAAUGUGUAGAUCUGAAUUAUUAUUGCAUAAUAAUUAUAUAAAAUGUAUCUCUGCUGCACAAGUAUUUUUAGAACUGCAUGUGAGCCACAAGUAAACAAUUAGAGAACAGAAUAUAAAGUAUUAUUAAUCUAGGUGUGUCUGCAAUGCAUUUUGUAAAUUCUUGUCUGAAUGGAUGAACUGUGAUGUGAACAGUUAUAAAUGACUAUGCCGUUUGGUAGGUAACAUGUUUUCAGUAGAUAUAUUUCCAUGUGAACAUCCUGUGAACUACUUGUGUUUCUGUCUUUUACUGGAGUCAUUUUUGUAUUUAUAGAUUGCCAUGCAUUUCUUAGUGUGAAAAGUGUAAAUCUGUUUUGGAAUGUGAUAACUGCACUGUGUUAACAUGUGCUAAGUGAAGAGUGGUAUUUGAUGGAUAGUUGGAAAAGAUAACACCUCUUGUCAUGUACUCACUGAAGAUAAAAGUUCUUCACAUGGUGCCUUAUUGUGCCUUUAUUGAUGCUGCUAAUUUGUUAAUCAUAAAAACUGAUUGUUUAAUGUAUUAUUUUCAUUAAGAAGUGUGCUCAUGUAUAAUUAUUCUCAAAGGUGAAUAAAGCUUCAUUGAAGUGCAAGUUUCCAAAACACAGAUUUCCAACAGUUAGGAAAAUAGGAUCUCACAAUACUUUCUGGUUACAGCAGUGUGUGUUUUAUACAAUGGAUGGAUGUCAGCUUAAAUGCAGAAACACCAUCAUUUUGUUUCAUGAACAGUGUUCUGGACAACACACAUUCGGUUAUAGAACUUUGUAUGGAGAGCGUAAUUACAAUGACACUUGAUGGAAAGAUUAUCUUUAUAGACUGGUCAGUGUGUGUGUGUGUGUGUGUGUGUGUGUGUGUGUGUGUGUGUGUGUGUGUGUGUGUGUGUGUUUGUGUGUUCUUCAGUGAUCAAAAAUUAAAGAACAGUUUUUAGGAAAAAUCAAAAUUUUUCUUGUUAGCCUGAAAAUUAAAAUGUGCAGCCUUCAGUUAUGAAUAACAAGUUCAUUAUAUUCGUCCCCUUAAAAAAUACAGAAGUUACCUACAAUGUUAAUAGUCCAUAUAUCAAGUGAAUAGUUGUUAAGUGAUUAAUCAUAAAGGUAGUUGUAAAAUCAGAUGGCGAGGACAAGUCAGUCUUUAAUUCUGAGUUUGCCAUCAAAGUGAGAAUGGGCAAUCACUUAUGCUAAUUUAAUAUGAACUGAAUUACAGUUUUAUUUCAUAAAUAACUUUCCUUUCUUGCAAUUAAUUGAUGAGAUCCUUUGAUGAAAGAGUUCAUCAAAAAUGUGAUAAUGUUGGAUUGUUCAGUGUAAUUUUUGAGAGGAGAAAGUACUGAAGGUUGCAUGUAUUCAUUACAACAUUUUUCUGUGUAUCAAACUUGAUUUGUAAUGUGCACUCUUAGUUACUCAGAUUUGUUUUUUUUUUUUUUUUUUUGUAAAUAUUUUCUUUCCAUUGAGUCAUCUGUGUAAACAUCCUGUGUAUUCCAAUCUGCGUUACGCUGAAAUGGACAGUGAAAGGCCAAUAUCUGAUACAUCUGGUGCUUCUGGGAGAAUAGGGAUGCAAGGAAAAGUUCCUACCAUAGUGAUUUACAGUAUGUUGCUUUAAUCUCUUUAAGUGUAAUAUGAGUAACAUGUUUAAGAACAGGAAAAGGAAUGGAAAGGUGUAUAUUGGCUACCAUUAAAGUUGUAUGCCAUGUUAUGAUUUGCAGAUUAAGCACUUCUGUGUACUGGCAAGGAAUUUGAAAAGCUGUGUAAUUUGCAAGCAGGUUCUUGUGGUAAAUACAUGGUGACUUAUUUAUUUGUACCAUAUUCGUAUCUUUCUUGCUUCUCCAGCUGACUUAAAAAUUAUAGUUUUAUACAAUUUGUGUUUUGAAAAUUGUAAUUACAAUUUGUGUAUUGUAUAGAAACUAAUAUUUACUUUAAAAUCUUAAAGUAAAAUACAAAUUUUAUGUUGUAAUAUUGAUGAAUCCCAGGGAGGAUGUGUUAAAUGAAUGUCAUUCAUCAUUUGUAUUGAAGUGCCAGAUUUUUUUCAAUUGAUGGCUAUGUUGAGAUGUGUGUUUUAAUGCAUGUUAUAAAGAGAAAACCAUAGAGCUGUAUCAGAUGUACAGAUUAUUUGCUGUUAAUUUCUGGCAGCUAAAAAAUUUAUAUUAACAGUACAUUAUUGCAUAUGCAUGUAUAUGAGAGUUUUAUUUCUGUUCAUUGACACUUGCUUUAUGUGCAUUUAUUUUAAAAAAAGUUAUUAUUUUUCUAGCGGAUAUGAACAUUCUUUGUGUUCACACAUGCAGUUGUGCAGAGUUAUUCCAGUAUGAUUUACGAGACAGAUUGUUGUCUUUGAACAUUUUUGAUCUUCAAAUUUUUUUUCUUUUUUUUCCUCCCCCCAAACAUUUGUACACACAUAAUCUCAUGUAACUCUCAUACUGUCAUAUCAGUAAUAAAAAUAUUGUAGCAAAUUGCAUGGACCAGAA